AUGAUCGCUCGACUAUCACCCACCUCGCUAGCAUGGAUGCUUUUCAGCGCCUCAGCACAAGCCUCGUAUGUUAUUGAAGGCCUCUCCUUCGGCCACAAGGGCGCCAUCUCACCAAAUGGUCGCGCCGUACCUGGUUGGCACCUCUCUGGAGAGAACCACACCCCUCAACUACUCUCCGAUCGCAUCAUUCUCACUCCUCCCGCGCCUGGUGGUACAAGAGGUGCUAUCUUCGCCGACAAUCCUAUCACCCAGCCAGAGUGGGUCGUCGAGACCGAGUUCCGUGCUUCGGGUCAAGAGCGUGGCAGUGGUAAUCUGAACUUCUGGUUUGUCGAUACUGGCCGUUCUGCUGUCGGUCAAAGCAGCAUAUAUACUGUCGGCAAGUUCGACGGUCUUGCCCUCGUCGUCGACCAGUAUGGUCCUCGUGGAGGUUCUAUCCGUGGUUUCUUGAACGACGGCUCGGCCAACUUCAAGGAUCACCACAAUGUUGACAGUUUGGCUUUUGGUCACUGUGACUAUGCAUACCGCAACCUGGGCCGGCCUAGCAAGCUGCGUAUCGAGAACGGUCAUCAUGGCCUCCGUGUGGACGUUGAUGGCACGCCUUGCUUCCACAGUGAGAAGAUCAAUCUUCCUCCUGGUUACUUCUUUGGUGUUUCCGCCGCUGCUUCUGAGAACCCCGACUCCUUCGAGGUCUACAAGUUCGCCGCAUCUACAACAAACUCUAUCACCCGUGAGGAGCCCAACACCGAAGCAAAACGUCAGCACCUUGAGAAGCUCGACAAGUUCCCUGGUUCUCCUGAAUCUCUUCCCGACGCUGAUGCCAGCACUAUUCUGGAUCAAACACACCAGUUUGCCGAUCUUCACAACCGCCUGCAAGCAAUGAACCACCAGAUCGUCAACAUGUACGGCGAAUUCGAGCGCCUGUCCCGCCAAUUGAACGACCGUCAUGCUGAGUUGAUGGCCAAGGUUGCUGGUCCCAAUGCUGGCGAUUCUAGUGACAAGUCGCAACAGCCUACUGGCGAGGCCCUCCUUCCUCUGAGCCGUCGUGUUGAGAACAUCGAGCGUAUUGUGCUCGCUAUUCAGCGUGAUGUUGAGGGCAAGGACUACCGUGAGCAUUUGACAAACCUGCAGCAGUCUAUCGAGGGCGUUCGUGGGGGCUUGACAGAGCAUCUCCCUGAGACCAUUGCUCACACUCCCAAGAUGGGCAUGUUCAUCUUCGUCGUCAUUGCCUUCCAGGUCAUGCUCGCCGGCGCCUACAUCAUCUACAAGAGACGCAGAGCAAAUGCUCCCAAGAAGUAUUUGUGA